GUGACGUGCUGAGGUCCUUGCGUGUGAGUGUGUCUGCUUGUCUGUCUGUCCCUGUGUUCCAGACGCACAUGUCUAGUUCAUCCACAGGUGGUUUCUCCAUGAGUUGGGGGAGGGGCAAAUUUUCUUGCUUUGUAUUUGGAGAAAUUAAAGGGGGUAGCCCUUGAUAGUCUGUGACGUUUAGGGUCACGUGGACUCCCUCCCAACCUCCCCUCUUUCGAGUACCGCCUAUCUAUUAUGCAUGUGGAUAUGCAUGAUAAGUGUAUAUAAGAGAGACUGUCCGACGAUCCCUCGUCUUCAUUGAACUUCAAAGUUCGGCGUAGCACGUGGUGGACUUUCUUGCACGCGUCCUUCCGGACAGUAACCGCUAUGGAGUGGGGAUACGCUGAGAGCAACGGACCAUCCACAUGGGCCAAGAAUUAUCCGACAGCUGCAGGUAGUCGCCAGUCCCCUGUGGACAUUGUGACGUCACUAGCGACCUCUGACACUUCCCUCGACUCGAAGCCACUCACCUGGAACUACGUCCCCGAAAACACUCGCGAGGUCGUCAACACUGGCCACGGCUGGCGAGUUGACAUCGACGGCGAGGGAUCCGAACUUGUCGGCGGUCCUCUUGAGGAUUCGUACAGGCUGCAGCAGUUCCAUUGCCACUGGGGCUUCAGCAGCGACAAGGGUUCUGAGCACACAGUUGACGGGCAGUCCUUCGCGGGUGAGCUCCACUUGGUGCACUGGAACAGCAGUAAGUACAGGAGCUGUGGGGAAGCUGCUGGUUACCCCGAUGGCCUUGCUGUAUUGGGUGUCCUUCUUAAGGUUGGAAAAGAGAAUCCAGAGCUUCAGAAGAUAGUUGAACUUAUUCCAAGCAUCUAUCACCGUGGACAAAAGAUAGCAGUGAAGGAACCAAUUGAUCCAGCCAGUCUGCUCCCAGAGACAUUGUCCUAUUGGACGUACCUUGGCUCUCUAACCACACCUCCCUGCUCUGAGUGUGUUACUUGGAUCCUCUUCAAAGAAGCCAUUGAAGUUUCUGAAGACCAGCUGGCAGCAUUUCGCAGUCUGCGGUGCUACAAGCCUGGGGAAGCGUGUCCUUGUGAUGAACUUGAGGGACUCAUAAUCAACAACUACCGUCCACCUCUGCCUCUUGGAAACCGAGAACUGCGAGAAUGCGGCUCUGCUUAAGUGGGUGCACCAAGCAUCACAUAGCGCUAUGUAGAAUUUCUGUGAAUUAUGUUCAUCACUUGAUUACCAAACACUUAUAUUCUGCACUACAAAAUUCUUGUGACAUUAAGAUGCACUAUGGUGGGCUUCUGCAAGUGCAUUAUUCUAGCCGAAUUUGUGUAGGUCAGGACCUCAGAAGUAAGUAUUUUGCACUAUAUAUUUGUUACUUAUUGUCAGUGUUCCAAGAUCAUAUCCAGGGUUGAGACUAGUUUGUAUAGUAUUGAGCACAAGAGAAACAUGAUAUCUCUUGACAUCAGUUAUGGCAGACUCGAUGAAACAUGUUUCCAUAUUAUUAUCUGAACUAUUUCAGUGGCUCAGAACAGUCACUAAAAAUAGCAUUUAGGUCACCUGAAACAAAAUUUUUGAACCAAAGGAUUACUGUUAUGACUAUAAAGUACAGUAAACCCUCCACAUUUCUGAGGGAUAAGUUCUUGUAACCCACUGAAAUUUAUGUAAUUCACAGAUAGAGACCAUAAUUCACUGAAAAUCAGGCAUUAUGUUUAUGGCAUGAGAAAAAAUAGGAAUGAAAUCAUAAAUACACAAAAACAGACAAAAGAACUGUAAGUAAUAAUGAACUGUGUACAUAUAUAUAUAUAUAUAUAGUAAUAACGAUACUAUAAUACUGUAGUAGUAGUGAAGACAGUCUGAACCGUUUAAUGAGAGUGACUGCAGCUGGUUUGGCCUGAAACCUUGGUAGUUGUCACUUGUUUUGCUGUUUUCUGCAGUUUCUUCUGAAUUUCAAGUAGUGAUAGAAUGUAACCUUAAACUUCCCCUUUUGGCUGGGGCUUCUUCCCACUACAGGAUCACAUUCCAUACCUCUGUCUACUAUGAUGGCAAACUUUUGUAUUUCCUAGGCCAAGGAGGCUGCAAAUAUAAAAUGUACAUUUGAUAUGUCAGGAACUUGCAAAUUUUGCAGAUGAUGGAGUCAAGAAUGAGGAGUAUUUACUGUAUUGUUAGUAAGGUGGAAAGAAAUUAAUGACAUCCGAGUGAGGGCAUUGAGUCAUCUGAUGUUACUCUCUGCGUGACAUCUAUUUUCCAGCUACUUUUAAUUAAUUCAGCUAACCUGUUAUAUAUCCAAUAUUAUAGGCCAUGUCUUGGGAAUUAUAAAUGCCAUAUUUUCAUGAAGUGUUUAGCAUAUAUUGAGAAAGAUAUAUUUAGACCAGCUAUAUAGUACAUAACAUCUUUGGCUCAAAAUUAUUCCUUGCUGCCUUUUACUAGUGCAACAGUAAUACAUAUGAUGCAGGUACAAAUGACGGGGAUAAAUUACAAAAUUUUGUAUAAUAAAUAAAUUGACUGUCUCAUAAGGAGGCCAUUUUUUAAAUGUAGACAGCUUAGAAACUACACAGAUAGAUUAUUUCCAAAAUAAUAGUUAACUUACAUAAAAAUGUGACAGCUAAAGGCUCUGUACACAUGUUAAUUCUUACAUAAUAUGCUUGUGUCUUGGAAUGGGCUCCACUUAUCUAGUCUUCUAACAUGUACAUUGGUUUAUUAUAAGCAGUUGGUUACUGACUAGCUUGAAUACCAUUGUGACAUUAUGUCUCAUAUUUCCUGAAAUAAGAAUGUAAGAAAUAUGAUAAAUAUGCACUAAUUAUGACUACAGAGAUUCAUGUAGCUUUUAUUUAACAUGGGACAGAUUAUUUUUUAGACAGACUGAGAGCAUUAUGUUAUCCUGUGUCAGUGAUAUCUUGAUGUGUAGGCCUAAGUACAUGUAGCAAUGGAUGAAGAAACAAAGACAGUAAAGGAAAGUAGAUAGGAUAUAGCUUUACUGUUACUAUACAGCAGCAUGCAAUGAAAGUUUCAGAUUAAUUUUACUAAACUUGUUAUAAUAUAUAUGUAUAUCAA